GAAGAUGGCGACGCGAGCGGGCGGCCUGCCGGCCCGGCGCCUGCCGCUGCUGCUGGCGCUGCGGGGCGGCGCCCCCGGCCCGGCCAGCCGCGGCCCCGGAGCCCGAGGUUAUUCCAAAAACAAUGAAAGCAGCUGGUUUCGCUCCCUCUUUGUCCACAAGGUGGAUCCCCGAAAAGAUGCUCAUUCCAAUCUCCUGUCCAAGAAGGAGACAAACCACCUCUACAAGAUCCAGUUCCACAACGUGAAGCCCGAAUGCUUGGAUGCCUACAACAGCCUCACGGAACAAGUCCUUCCCAAGUUGCAUUCAGACACAGGGUAUCCGUGUGACCUGGUUGGCAACUGGAAUACUUGGUAUGGCGAGCAGGACCAGGCAGUGCAUAUCUGGAGAUUCAUCGGCGGCUACCCGGCCCUCAUGGAGUGCAUGAACAAGCUGAGGGAAAACCAGGAAUAUUUGGAAUUCCGCAAGGAGAGGAGUAAAAUGCUCCUUUCCCGAAGGAACCAGCUGCUCCUGGAGUUCAGCUUUUGGAACGAGCCUCUGCCGCGAGCCGGUCCCAACAUCUACGAGCUGAGAACGUACAAGCUGAAGCCCGGGACCAUGAUUGAGUGGGGAAACAACUGGGCUCGGGCAAUCAAACAUCGUCAAGAUAACCAGGAAGCGGUGGGCGGCUUCUUCUCCCAAAUUGGAGAGUUAUACAUUGUACAUCACUUGUGGGCCUACAGAGACCUGCAAUCUCGAGAGGAGACGAGGAACGCUGCCUGGAGGAAGCGAGGAUGGGAUGAAAACGUUUAUUACACAGUUCCUCUGGUUCGAAGCAUGGAAUCUCGGAUCAUGAUUCCCUUGAAGAUUUCACCGUUGCAGUGACGCUGCCUUCCCCGGGCAGCACAAGCCGCAGCUGUCACACGGGGAAAACAAAUGUUACAUUUCCUCCCCGGCCCCCUGCCCUGAAAUGAUCUGUGUUACUUCCUGUCCUUCUGCCCUUUCCUUUUCUGCUUUGGUAAGAGAGAUCUGUCCUUUUUCCCUUCCACCUUUCCUUCCUUCCAACCUCCAGCCUGUUGAUUUCCCGUGUGCUGGACCUGCGAAUGCUUGGCUUGCGCUCCAGAGGGAGAGGAGAAUCAUGUAUUGGAUGGGUGGCCGUUGACACGAUGAGAGCUGGGCUCGGUGCCUGCUGCGGAUGCUGGAACGAGGGGGUGAAUGCUUUUAAAGAUUUUUGCAGCAGAUUCUCUUGCCGAGCGUCCAGCCUCUUCACUGCAGGGGGAAGGUGAGCCCUCCACCCUCGCUUAGUGGAACAAGCAUUUUGACAUCUGGAAGUAUGUAUGUGGGCCUGCUGUGGCUGCGGAUGCCUUUGGCAGGCGUGUGAGAUUUAGUGACUUAAAGAGAAUGUGCUUGAUGAUGAUGAUGAUGAUAAUAAUAAUAAUAAUAA